AUGGCCGUCAGCAGAGCACAGGAAGCUGCACAAAAGACAAAAGCCCAACCGGUGCUAAAUGGGCAACAGGAGAAGAAGAAGAAGAAGAAGAAGAAGAAGAAGCAGAAGAAGAAUAAGAAGAAGAAGAAGACAAAUAUUCAUAUAGUACAUCAUGAAUAUGACGACUCCAGGGUGCAGAGCGGCCUGGCCCUUCUGACGAGCGGCGGGAGUGGCGGCGGCGGCGGUGGCAGCGUAAGCAGCAACAGCAGCGGUAUAUCGAGUGUGGAGGGCGAAGCAGGAGUGGAUGCCCCCGUCCAAGAUGCUACGUCCCCUUCGCCUCACAGCGCCCCCCAGGAGGCCCUCACCCUCCUGCAGGGGGAGCUGGUGCCCCACACCAAUUUCACGCACACCUUCCUCAAGUCUAUCCUGACGUCUAUCGACAGCAAGGAUCCAGUGGUGGCCAACGCGUGGCUCGAGACCUUGUUGGAUGUCAUAGAUUUGCUGCCUAAGGAAGUCAUCAAAGACGAGAUUCUUAGUUUAGCCGUAAGCAAAGGUCAGUCACAGCAGGUGUCUGCUCGCCUCGCAGCUUGCAAGCUCAUCGGGAAAAUUGCAACUAAAUUUGAGCCAUUUUUACUGAAAACCGAAGUUGUAGGAGUAGUGCAAAGCCUCUGUCAAGAUGUCUGCGGAGAAGUCCGUGGCAGCAUGUGCAGCCAGCUCGCUGCUGUUGCGCGAGGUCUUGGCUUGGACGCCACGAAGACUCACAUACUCCCCGAGCUCGUGGAUUUGUGCUCAGACGAGGAAACCAAUGUUAGACUUGCUGGGAUCAACACCGUUGUGUUGAUGAUCCCUCUCUUGGAUGAUGAAACCCGAGUAGGGACGUUAGUUCCUCUUGUCCGCAAAGUUUGUGAAAGGGCUCUACGAGUGGAAGAUGCAUCAUUGCCUGUUGCUGCACAUCUGCUUGGUCGUAUAUGUCAUGGGCUUCAUGAUGAACUCAACGAGGAACAGAAGACAUGGUUCUUGAAUUUCUACUGCACUUUAGCAAAGCUCGGAUUACCAGACUCUAAAAAAACCGAGCUUCCUAUGCCAGAUUUAGUUGCUGAGGUGCGAAGUGGUGAAUAUGAAGCAGAAUGUAGGCAGCAAUGUGCUUAUAAUCUACCCUGCAUGGUAGCAUUUGCUGGAGGAUCCACCAACUAUCGAUCAAGUUUGCAUACAACAGUUUCAUCCCUCAUCAAUGACCCGAGUCAGCAAGUGAGGACAACUGUCGCUGCUGCGUUUCACCAGUUGUGUAUUUUGGUGGGAGCAGAAGUUGGCAUGUUGAAAGAAGGGUUACUGCAGCUUCUGCGAUCAGAAAACUUGGACAUUUUGUCUGCACUGAUGCCUAACUUGCCACAUAUCAUUACUACAAUGCACAGACAUAAUGCAGUAACUCCACAAACUUCGAGAGAGGACUUAGUGGAGUUGGUGGGAGCAAUCAAGCAGGGUGAGGAGACUGUCAGUAUAACGAGUGUAUGGAGAGUUCACGCUGAGGCACUAACUCAAGCAGCUGCCUUGGCCCCUUGUCUACCUGCUGACCUCAUAUUUACCCAGCUUGUCCCUCUUAUGUUCGUGAGAAUGCAAACUGCUCGACCAAUACCAUGCAGACUGGCUGCAGCAAGAACUUUACUGGUAUAUCUCCGUCAUAUGAGUACUCAAGAACAGCGGGACCAUAUUAGUAACACUAUUGUAUCUGAGUUCUGUGAAGGGACUAGCUGUCAUAAACGUAUGCUGUUCCUGAAUAUAGCUACUAUGGUGCUUGAAAUGUUUUCAAAGUCUUUCUUUAAAACAUAUUUCUAUAGACCCCUGUUAUCCUUGCAUAGUGAUCGAGUUCCAAACAUUCGUUUAAAGUUGGUAACCAUGUUGCCGCAAAUGAAAGCUACACUUUCCUUACCUGAUGAUAAGACAAGACUUCAGGAACUUGAAACAGUAGUUGGAAGUCUGCUAAUGAGUGAGGGGGACAGAGAUGUCUCUGCAGCUAUAUCUGUUACUAUAUCUCAGCUAGAUAAAAUUGAAGUCUGUGAAAGCCAGCGUGGAUCUCCAGAGGGAGAGUCUGGGGGUCAAGAGACGGAGGAUGAGUGGAAAGAACGGCAAGAAAGGAGAGCCGUAGGGGACUCAAAAUCAUUGGAUGUGAAAUCUCCAGAUGGAAGCCGAACUGAAAGUACAAGUUUAGGUGAGAGACAUACGACGUCAAGAUCAUCAAAUCGCCGCAGUUCAGGCUUGGGUAGAUUACCAGCGUACCUAGAGAGAAGACGGAGUAAUUCUCAUGCGCCAAAACAACCUCCUGAUGAAUGUACAAUACUUCGCAGUUUACUUUCUUUUGACCGUAAAUAUCUAAAGAAGAAUUGCAGAAUAUCUACUUGGCCUUAUCGAGGUGCUGGGUAUCAAGCUUCUACUACUAAUACAUCUAACUCCACUACUAACAAAACUGAGUGGUCUCUUGAUGAUGACGAUGACGACGAUGAAGAAUUGGAUAUUAGUGACAUUUGCGAUGAAGUGUUACUAAGUCCAGAAGAGCCAAGCAUUGACUGGGAGGAACAGUUAUCCCCUCAGUCUCCAAGAAUCACGUUAGACCCACCUUCCUCUAGCUCUUCCUUAUCAAGAUCACCUCAGCCACGAGAUAGGCUUGUUGAAACAAGGGACAGACAGCAUCCUGAUGCGAAGGAUAUUCUCUCUACUUCAAAAGAGAAUCUUUCCACCUCAAGAGAUAGAUUGCUAGAAGCAAGAGACAGACUGUCAGAAUCUAGGGGAAGACACUCUCGUCGUCCUCCAGCACUACAGACUGACGAUAAUGAGGAUGGAGAUAGGCUCUCGGCAAGAGAGGUAUUUUGGUUGAGAACUUCUCGUCCAAGAUGGCGGCGGAAAGUUGCUUCAGCUGACACAAGCCCAGAAGAACCACGUCGAAGUAAAUUUGGCCGAGGACUUUCCAUAGAUGGUCGAGGAAGUCACUCGGACACAGAAGAUCCUGAUAUCCUGUAUGAUGGUCGUAGACACAGUAGAAAAGAAACCAAAGAACUCGUUUCAGUGAUUCAUAGCACAGCCAGCCCCCCUAGCCCUCAUGGAAUGUAUACUUGGCCUCCACAGCAUACACGGCACCGUCACCAUAGUGCAUCAGAAACUGACGAGUUUGAAGACCAGCAAGAGCAAAGUCAUUCUCAAUCAGGCCAGCGCUUUGAAAGUCAGUUUGAUUCAAUUGAUAGACAUCACAGUCCUACACCCCAUUAUGAUACUCCUUCAGUUCAUAGUUCAAGGCGUUAUGACUUAUCUCCCCGGAGGGAAGAUUCAACAUCCUAUGAGUCUCACUCUGAUUAUGAAAAAUCAAGGCACCAAAAUAAGAAUAAGCUCUAUGUUGGCUCUGCAAAUUCCUAUUAUGGGUCAUCUUCUUCAAAGCAAGGAUCUCGAUCUCCAAAGUACAGUUCCUCGUUACGUUCUGCAGACCCGUCUUCACUUCAAUCACCUCUGCACAUACAGUACGUCGAAAAUAUAGACGAAGAUAAUAGCGGUACAGGUGCUCGCCAGUACGGUUUAUCCCCACCACCAUUACGAGACAAUAAACCUCAUCGUUUUAUUCAUCCACGUGACACAGACGACACAUACAUCUACCAUGGUAUUACCCCAACUCUUGCACCCACCCACCUUUCUGCUGUAUAUUCCCCACAUUCCAUACCAACACACUUUUCAUAUGAUCAUCCUGAGGAAUAUUUAUCCUCUCUUGCCUUUACAGAACCCUACAGUCCUGAUCCUUAUCAUACAGAGAUGUUGGCUGCUGCUGAACUCUUUCCAAGAGAACCAUAUCCCCAAUACAGGUAUGAAGGUGAUCGCUCCAGAGGUUCCCGUGAGCAUGAGCCAAGAUUAAUAGAGCAACAGACUCCUCAUUCUUAUUUUUUACUUGAUACAGCUGAGCUGGCUCCUUGGUCAUCUCCACCAGCAUAUCCAAUUGGACCACUUGGUGCCUCUUGGCUUCAGCAUGGCUUACAUCCUUUAGCUCGUAUUCCUUCUUGCCUUAUCCCUACCCCUUAUUCUCGUCCCAGACCGCAUGCACCUCUUGCGUCCCCUCCGUGGCGUCUUACUCAUCAUGCUUCUUUCCCCAGCAUGUCAGCACUCGACCCUACCACGGAUGAAUUCUUGGUUGAUGCCGGUAUACGUAUAGACGAAUCAGUCAUCAAAAGUCGACUGCCAACUCCCCAAAGUAGUCACUCCAAUAUGUCUCGAUGGAGAGGUCCCAGCAGAAGCUAUGGAAGCCAUUCUUCUGUUAGUAGUGAAGGAACAGGAAUUGAUGUCAAGAACAGAGGGAGCAACUACAGUAGUUCACGUUUACGACAGCCGUCCUCUCUUGGGUCAAGUCGAAUUCCUGCCCCUGGUUCAAUAUCUUCAUCUCAUAUUCAAGAUGAUCAGGAGAGAGAUGGUAGAGGUGGAGGGAGAAGGGAUAGUUCCGGUAGUACAGGAUCAAACGGUAGCAACGUUAUCACAAGGUUGCGGCCACCGGCACGCUCCAAUAGGCCAGUAUCCACCGUUGCUUCAUCAACAUCUCGUGUUCCCUUACCAUCUCGCUCAAAAUCUUUAAGCCAUGAAAAUUUAAGAACUUCUCCUUCCAGAUUAGCUCUUCCAACAUCUCCCUCAGAGUCUCCAACCUCUUCAAGAGCCACUUCACCACGCACUUCACCACAAGAAGCAGAUGAGCGUCCAAGAACCCUAGCUGUCUCAGGAUCGCGGUUAAGACAACCCCAGGUUCGCACUCCCAGAGGAAGAGGUUCAAGGCCAACAAGCUGUAGUUCUUCACCUGGUGGAUCACGGUGCUCAUCUCCUGGAAUGGAAGUACCUGUGAGUGGUUUUGGCAGAGGAAGCCGAAGCAGCAGUCGAGCAGGAAGUGCAUCGUCAUCUCCUGCUUCGUCACGAUGUUCAUCACCUGGCCCAGACGACAUGCGUUCCUUAUCACGUAGUUCUCAGCACAGGACAUCAUCUUCAAGAACAGGUUCGGGUGUUUCUCGCGCCAAUCACCGCUCUUCAAGCACCACACCAGAUCAGCAUGUGACCACACCACCCUCACCGGUCCCUUCAUCGCGAAACCAUCGCCAGGGUUCUUCCAUUCCGAAACCCUCAUCUGGGUCAAGGGGUAGAACUUCUGGUAGUAAGCUGCCUCUUCCAACAUCUGCUAGAAAUUAAUUCUCUUGCUGAAACCAAAGUCAUGCUUUUAUUUAUUUAUAAUUAAAUUAUUAGUUCAUGUAAAUAUCGACUGUAAAUAUCUCCCACACCAUCACCAGUAAUGAUACAUGCAACUCAGUAUGGUAAGAUAUUAGAAAUUAGAAUUUAGUCUUGUUUGGAGCUAAGCAAUUCAUGGUUGUUCACUUACUUUAUAGAGUAAUUUCAUAUUAUGAAAAAUAUGGACAGUUUCAGUUAUGUCUUGUUUUCAUUUCAGAAAUGAUGGGAUGCAACAAAGUUUGCUGUCUAUGAAAUAAACAAGUUUCAUAAGACAGUGAGCAAAUGAAAUGCCGACAUUUCUUAUUCAUUCUAGUCAACUUCUUGACUUAAAAGUUAAUUUUAGUAUUAUCAGAAUUUCCAGCAAAGUGGAAGAAUGUGAUUCAGAUGCAGUUCUCUUGUCAGAGAAUUGGUGCAUUGACAUCAUAUCAAAUGUCACUGGUAAGAACAUGGUGGUAAGUACUGUACAGAUGUUCUCAAAGUAACUUAGCAUAAAAAAGUAAUUGAGGUUUGUUGAAACUUCUCGAAAGUAAAGUAAUUUAUAAUGUAUGUAGCUAUGUGCAUUAAUCAAGAAUAUUUUAAAUCACUUUACACAUCUGCAAUGUAUUGAUUACUCGUUUUAUAUGAAAAACAGCAAAGUAAAUUAAGAGUAUUCUUACUAGUGUGUAUUUGUUACAUGCCUUAAUUCAUAAUUCAUAUAGUAUUCAACAAUUUUUGAAGUCAUUACUCAGCCUUUAGUAUAAAAUUUGCAUCAUGUGAAAAGUGCUUUAGGUAAACACUUCUUCUUGUACAACCUCUACACUACAGUCUGAAAUUCAAGCUUAAUUACAGUCAACUGUUUUACAAAUAAGUAUUGUAUGUCAUUCUAGUGGGAGUAUUAAUAACAUUUGUCUAUGUGUAUAUCUCCCACAGUACAGGUAUAUCACUAAAUGUAUCAAGGGAUAUGUUAGCUUUGAUUAGUAUCAAGAUAUAUAUUGGUGUACAGUACUUGACAUGUCUAACAAUUGUUUCCACUUCCCUUAGUGCUGAAAGAGCAUUACUAUUCAUAUUUACAUCUUCUCGUCGAGAUUGUUUUACAACUACCCCAACAAAUGAAAAUAAUCAGUGAUGAAAUUUGUAGUAUUUCAUCUUAUUGAUGCUCUGUGAUCUAAAGUAAAUACUUUUCUGUCAGACAGCAUGAAUUUUUGCAGGUAGAGGUUGGGUCAAAAAGAAUUCUAAAUGUGCUUUAACUGUGUGAAGAUUGCUCAUUCAGGACAUGUAACAGCCAAGUGCAAGAACUGAGUGUAUAUUGUUUGGAGUUGUAUUCCUAAUAUGAGUGAUUUGUAGACAAAUUAGUAGUACAUACUUUCAGAUAUAAGUCUCGAGAUGUCAUAUUUUCUGAAGAUGUUGUGUUGUAGGUAAUUGUUUGCAAACAAAUACAAACUCUACUUUUGCAUAAACUUUUAAACUGCUGAUCUGUUUUGUGUAAUGCUAUCCGAAUUACAGUAGUACGUACUGUUACAACUAGAAGCGAUGAACAGUGGUUGUGGUAGCUCAAGAGGUAAUACCUGAGUGGAGGAAUCCCACAUUUACCCUUGUUAUCUUGUCCCUUUUUUCUCCAAGAUGUAAAAAUAUAUAUACAUCUCAUGUGGAUAUGAGCUAUUUUCUUAUGGUUGUAGAAUAGUCUCUAUUCCAUUACAUACUGUCUCUCUCUGUCAUCAGCAUAGAUGCAAGUAUGUUUGUUAUACUGAGUAAAUAGCAGUCACACUAUAACAUUAGAUGUGAAAUGAAUUCUCUCCAAAGUUCUUUUAUUCAUCCUGUGUACUGGCCAGAUCAUUCUGCUGAGGAUUUUAUAUCAAAAGUAUUCUCGGUGGAUACAAUUGUAGAUGUGCUUGUUUAUGCAUCAGUCAGUACUGUAUUUCAGUUUGUUUCUUAAGUUUUAGAUCUGUUCAAACCUUAAAUGCAGAUAUUUUUCCGUUUGCUGAAUGUUUCCCUUCAGCAGCAACUGUUACAGGUGUACUUUCAGCCUAAAAACCAGACUGAAGAAACUUGUACCCUUUUAAAAGCUUUACAUUCUUGAGGACAAGAUGAAUCAUGGGCUCGUUUGGAAAUGUAUAAGAGCAAGACUAUCAAAAUGGUGACAAUCACUACUUUAGCCCAACUAUUUGAAAUAUGAUUGUAGGCAGGUGGCAGAGUAGACGCUAAUCUUUUGUUUGUUUUACACAAUGGGUUCCAGAUUUAUACAUUGUAGAAUUCUUAUGCGAUUGGACAGUAGCAUUUAUUUGCACCUUGAACAUUCAAGAGGGGUUUGUGUUACUGGACAAUUUAGUAGUCUAUACUGAAGACUUACAACUUGGUUUAGAAUUAAUUUUUUCUUCUCAUUUGAUGUUUAUCACAGAACACUUUUUAAGAGCAUCGUUACCUGACUAAUGGCUUACAUGUAAAGCAUUGUUAGCCAAGAAUAUUAUAAUUUGAAUAAUGAUAGGGAUGUUAUUCACAACUUAGAAUUUGGCAGUAUCAACCCAAUGUUCCUAUUCUUUGCAGUGUCCCUUGAAGUAGGUUGCUUAAAUGUCACCAAAGCUGACAGUUCGGCAUUUGUAAGUUAGGUUAACAGCAAGCUCUUGUUUUGCUACAUAUGUAUACAGUAAAUUGAAGGGUGUAAAGGUUACAAAGUUAAAGAGGAUGACUAGUAUUUUGCUACCUAGACCACUGUUAAUUGCCUCCGUACCUGUAACAGUAUGGAUGGUCUAUCAACAACUAAGAACACACUUUGAGGCUUAUUCAAGGUAAUAGUUUGUAUUUUAGAACAGUGAAAAAAUAUUGAGUGUUUAUUUAAAGAUUUAUUCAAUACUUUUCAUUGCUUUAUGUUAAACUUCAUACAACGUAUUCAUGAGAGAUAGUUAAUUUUAUCAAAAUGUUGUUUGGUCCUCCAACAUGAUCAGCAAUCUCUGAUCAUGUGAUUACAUCACUUAAGAAAUGGAUUGAUUGAGGCAUCCUAGCAUAAAAUUAGUCUAUACUUUAAUGAGAACUGGCCCCUUAAUUGUGUUGGUACUAUGAUGGACAAGGAUAUCAAAGAAAAUGGUAUUUUAUAAGAUAUGCAAGUUAACCUUAAAAAUCAAACACUUUUAGACAUUAAGGACAUUGGGUAUUUUUUUUAUUUACUUUUUAAGAAAUAUGGAGCUUUUGUUCAUCAGUUAACAAGCCUUCAGUUUUGAAAGAAUGUAUGCAUGUAUGUAUGUAUAGUAAGGAAAUGCUUCCAUCUGUUUGUGCUUGCAUUUGUAUGGCUAUCACUUAAAAGGAAUGUACUGAAGGUACAUUGAUUACAAAUUGUGGUAGGUAUUUCAUGAAAUUUUCAAGUGGUGCUUGCAAUUUGGCAAUGUCUUUCGUCAAGUUUUCAAAUUACUUGUGUGGAGAAGUUUUGUACCGACAAUGUACAGUACAGAAAUGUAGUUAAUUUUCAAGUGCGUACAGUAUAUGUAAUCUUGUAUAAAGAAUUCACAUUGAAAAUGUGAAUUACUUUGUAGACUUCAAAAUUGAGGCAUGGGAGAGACAGUUUACUUAUUAAUCAGAAAUGGUGCUUUAUAUGUAGAAUGUGAAUUCAGAUUGUUAAACUAGUGAUGGUUUAGUAGGAAAUUGCUUCUUCACUCAGAAAUUGCAAGUAACCUUGCGAUUCUCUAUAACUUAUGGUACAUUUAUGUUAAGCCACAAGAUCAAAUAGUUUCUCUUUAUUAUAUGUAUUACCAAAUACUACCUAUAUUUUUUUUUCAUCUUAUUGUUAAGAGCUAAGUUUACAGAUCUUGUGUGGUCUAAAUUUUGAGUGUGUAAACAUUUUGUGCCAAAUUUCUAAGGUCUACCAUAAUAAAUUUGUUCCUAACAUUUUCAUCAGUAUUAAGCCUGUCUAGUGUUUGCACAUCACCAGCAGAAAAUUAUAUCAGUAACUGGACAUCAGGAUGGCGAUGCAGACCCUAGGAUUUUAGAAUGUUUCCUGAAAGGAUUUUGUAAUCUCCCCCUUUGGUGUAAGCUUUUUUACUUUUACUUCACAGUAUUUCACAUUAAAAGCAAAUUCUUUCAAGUCCCUCCCAAGAAUUUUCAUUUUUGAGCAAAUGUUACAAUGAUGCCGUUACUACUGGGACAUUCAAAUGAAGUAUUGGAGCUUCAGUGACCUCUAGGUUGUUUAUAAAGCUUUUCUGUCUUAAGUGCCCUGACAACCUCAGACUUCUAUUUAGACUCGUGGAUUAUGCAUGCAUGGACAUUAGUACUAUAAUUAAUACAAUACAAAAGCACUUGUUACUAAAUGUAUGAAAAGUUAUUGCUAAUAUUUUAUGACUUUUUGAAAGGUAACGGAUGGCAUUAUAUCAUCAACUACUAUAGUAUUUAUUUUACUGUACUUAUAUGAAUGCUCAAGGAUGUAAAUUUGUUUUGCAAGUGAACUCUGAAAAAUUGUUAGAAAUUAUUUAAAAGAAACUAAGUGUUUUAAGUGGUUAUUUAGUCUAAAAUAGUCAGAGUCCAAUCUUUGAAACAAGUUUUCUUAUGAUUUGCAGUCUAAAGCCCCGUCCACACGAUUGAGCUUUGCUCACUGUGCUCGAUGUGAUGUCAGAAGCGGGGAAGGCCAGAACUUCUCCUGCUUUACCCGAGCUUCUGACAUCGCAUCGAGGAAAGUUCAUUGAGCAAAACUUGCCCGUGGGGACGGAGCCUUAAAGAAACUUACAUUUGUUAUUUUAACUAACCAGCAUGGGAACAAAGGCAGCGAGACUCCAUUUGAUGCAUCCAGUGAACAGGAUGUUACUGCUGCAGUAUGUGUUUGCUUCCUGUAGAAGUAACUAUGAAGUUAGUUUUUUUUAUACUAGGUAAAGCUCGGCUGAUCAUGAAAAAUUUUUUCAGGUACAUAAACUAUUACUCAAGGAUAUUUCAGAUAAUAUAUUCGUACUGCAAGAGGUAUGCGUACAAUUUUUUUACCGUUUUCUUUCCUUUGUGAAAGUAACUUAUGAAUAUUGAGGACUCUGUCUCAUUUUUAACAUAUUUUCAAUAGAGAGUAACAUUGCCAAACGGUUCACAGUUCUCAUUCAAAGGCUCAGGUGUGUUGAAAGUCUAGAAUUAACUCAAUUCUAGACUUUUAACAUACCUGAGCCUCUGAAUGAGAACUGUGAAUCCUUUGGCAAUGUUACACUGUCUAUUGCAAAUAUGUUGAAAAUGAGCAGAGUUCUCAAUAUUCAAAAGGAAAGAAAACCUUAAAAAAAAAUAAUUCAUAUCUAUUGCAGUAUAUACUAUCAUGAAAUAUCCUUAAGAUUAAUAUUCUUGAAAAAAAAAUUUUCAAGUUGUUUUUUUCAUAAUGCAUAUAUGACUUGUUAAUGAGUUGAUGCUAGCUGUACUUUUAUUUCGUGGUACUGAAAAUAUCAUGAAGUUUAUAAAGGAGCCAUAUAACAUUAAAAAUUUGGAAUACCAUCACAUCCAGAUGUAAAAUUUAAGUAAAACUAAGUAGAAUAGGAAAAAAAUGGGCAAUAUACUAUUGUUUAAUUUAUUAUAUAUUGCACUUUUACAUCAUGUAUAACUAGAACUUUAAGAGAAAUAAUGGUACUUAAUUUAUCAUAACUGUAUUGAAUUUACAAAACUGGACAUAUAUUUAUCAAAAGAGAUUUAUGAGGAAUGAAGAUAUGUUUUGUAAUGAGUAAGAGAGGCACGGGAAUGGUAUCAUUGUUAGCUUUUUAAGCUUCUUUUUGUUUAUACUAUUCCAAUUUAUUCUAACUUUUGUUUAGAAUAAACAUAUGUAUUCAUUACUGUGUAUUGUUUGCAGAUUCUACUCUGACAUUGAUUUGGAUUGUACCCAGUGUCUAAACACCAGAAAUAAUGAGAACUGUAACAAAUUUAAAAUUGUAAAAAGUUUAAAAUUGUAUUGUAACAAAAUGAUACUGUAAUAGGAAUGGCAACUGGAAACAUCUAUAAAGUAUGAAAAUUACAGUAACAUUUUUCAUGGAAAUGUACAAGCUGAUGUUAACAAUCAAUUCGUGUCUAGAUCUGUAUAGAUCUGUAUAGUACAGUAUGUUGUUUGUUUGUUUGGUUAAUUAUUUUUGUAGACUAGCUUUAUGAUAGGAGUUUACCUCUUGUUAAAUUUAAAAUAUUUAUUUAAUGCAACAAUGGAGGAGAAAAAUUUUAAUAUAGAGGAAGGUUUUAUUACAGUUAACAAGUUUUCAAAAAAACUGUCCUGUAUACCUGCGAAGGAACUGUAGGAUGCCAAAAGUUCUGAUGAUAAAGGAGUUAGUAAUAAGAAAUGAAAUGUUCAGCAAGUCCAUAUUGCCAGAUGGAUCGAUGUAAUUAACUUAAAACAUUAGAUACAUAAAAUCCCAAAAUGAAUAAGUUUCGAAACAAAUGUACAUAAUUGUGAAUAUUUAAUUUAUCAGUACAAAGUACUUAUGUCUCUUAUUUUAGUAUUUAGUUAAAGAUUACAUAAAAUUCUGACCAGUUUAGUUUAAUGGAUGACACGAGGUGACAAGAUAAGUUUUACUGUCAGUAUUCUCUCAAAUUUAUUUUUCGUGAUAAUGUGAUGCAGUAGACAUUUGCCAAAUAUCAAAUUGAAUUUUAUUUGAUCUGUAACAAAGCCUUACUUUUCUUAGUGUAGAAGUGGAAAGAAAGAGACUAUUUAAAUACCUGUCAUGUGCUUUUGACAUAGCUACAUAUAAAUAUAUUCAAAUAGCAAAUUACUUCAUUGUAGCCUAAAACAAAAGGAUGGGUUUUAUUUAAUAAACCAAUGAGUUUAUGAAUA